AUGAGCGAACUGGAAAAUGACGAUGUCAAUCGCCAGCUUUGUGCCGUGGACACAUUUUCUUGGUCGUCGGAGACGCAGGAGCAGAUUUUGGCUGAAUGGAAUGAUUGGCGACGAGACGAAAACCCUGGACAUACCUGUGAUGAAUGUGGCAAAACGUUUACACGAUCCAGCGACCUAAAGCGCCAUACAAAACGUGUACACACUGGAGAAAGAGCUUUUUCUUGCAACCAUUGUGACAAAUCCUUCGCUAGGAAAGAUAUGUUGAAACGUCACGAGAAAGUCCAUAGCAAGGAAAAAGUAUACGAAUGCCAUAGAUGCCACAAGAAAUUUGCUCGAAAGGUAUAUAGUACCGACAGUUUAUAUUCUAACUGCAAUGUAUUUUAAACUAUUAUGCUUAUUUAUUAUUUUUCAAGGACAAACUGAAUAGGUAUAUGAAAAUGCACGAACGAAGAGGUGCCGAAAGGGAGUAUACUUGUAAUGAGUGUGGUGAGGUGUUUCGAAAUAUAUUCCCAUUCCAAGCCCAUCAGCGUGAUGUCCAUCAGACUGGUGGUGGGAAAC